GGUCUAUGGCCGUCUUCUGAAGGGCAAUACCAGAGAGGCCUCAGCACUCCUGAAGAACAUGGGUUUGAUGUGAAGCAGCAGUUGCAUAAGAUAUGUUUCUACACGGCUGAUAAACACGUGCGAGAUUUGCUGGUCAAAGUUUUACAAGAAGAAAAUUAUUUUUCUGAAAAAGAGAAGAAAAUGAUAGACUUUGUGCAUCAGGUUGAAAGCUUGUACUCGGAGUCCUUCCAAGAAAAUAAAGAGAUGCAAUCUCUUUCCAGUGUAAAGAACUGGAGACAGGAACAAGACUCUUCCAAACAUUUGGCCACUCUGGAGUCACUGUUGGAUCACGAUGGACGCCGGGUUCCCAGCAGGGAGGUCAGGGUGAUGCUGAACUGGGCUCAGUGGUGGGAUGAGCUCCUUCGAGAUCUGAUUCUUCUCCCCAGAAAACAAGGCCAAGGGCUUGCCACAUGUAACCCUGAGGCUCUUUGGAUGCACCUGACAGCCCAGCACGACUGGCUUAAAAUCACUUCAUGGAUUGAAGAAUGUGAGCCCAACCACAGUUCAUGUGGCCAAAGUAAAUGGCCACCCCUGACUGCAAGCAUUGUCGACCAAAACACGUUGUGUAGUGGCUACAUGAGAAAUGAUAUCUUGAACAAGCUGGCCAGAAAUGGGAUUUUUGUCCUUUCUGAAUUGGAAGAUUUUGAACUUCUGCUCCAAAGAUUGGUUUCCCUCGGAGGAGUUCUGCAAAAUCCUCACCCCGUCCCAAAGUACAGCACUGCCAGUGGCUUGGACUUCCAUGCUCGUUUUGUCCUUCACUGCUUAGAACACAAUUUGCAGUAUAUGUUAUACACAUACCUAGAUUACUACAGCUUAACUCCUUCCAACUGCCCUAUUUUGGAUGACAAGGAACUGCAUGAAGCACAUCCCUGGUUUGAAUUCCUCGUGCAGUGCAGAGGGGUUGCCAGUAACCCACGAGAUCCAAAGAUGAUUUUUCAGGCGAGUCUAGCAAAUGCUCAGAUCUUGAUUCCUAGUAAUCAAGCCAGCGUGAGCAGCAUGCUGCUGGAGGGACGUACACUGUUAGCUCUUGCAACCACCAUGUAUGCACCUGGAGGCAUUGAUCAGGUUCUUCAGAAUGAAGAUACAGAGAAACCACUAAAGAAAGUUGAUCCUCAGCUCUUAAAAAUGGCAUUGAGCCCUUACCCCAAACUCAGAGCUGCUCUUUUUCCCCCUUGCACCUCUCAUGGAAUUUUGCCAUCUGACAUCUCCCUUUACCACCUUGUUCAGUCAUUAGUGCCCUUUGACCCCAGUAAGUUAUUUGGCUGGCAGUCGACAAAUACCCUUGCUGUAUCAGAUGCAUCAAGUGACCUUCCUCAUUUCUCAUCCCCUGAACUGGUGAACAAAUACGCCAUAAUGGAACGACUGGACUUUUUGUACUACCUGCGCCAUGGGCGUCCAUCUUUUGCCUUCGGAACAUUUUUGGUCCAGCAGUUGGUCAAGAGCAAAAGCCCCAAACAGCUGAUUCAGCAAGCAGGAAAUGAAGCCUUUCUUCUGGGCCUCUCUUUCUUCAAUACGCCUUCAGUAGCAGCUGCCUGCGUGUGCUUUCUGGAGCUGCUUGGGCUCAGCAGCCUCAAACUGAGAGUUGAUAUUAAGGUUGCAAACAUGAUAUUCAGUUACAGAACCAGAAAUGAGGAGUCUCAGCACAAUCAAAUAAGGGAAUCUUUGGUUGAACAGUUAAUGAGAUUGGCUGAUGGUGAAAAAGCAGCAACAGAAGAAGUUCUUAAAUCCUUAGAAGAAGCCUUUUGGGAUUCAAUUGAGCAUCAAGGAAUAAAGAGGACAUCCAGCGACUCCAGACGGCAGUGGUCCUUGGUGAUGCAGUUCUGCAAACUCCAUACGACGAAACUGAGCACCUCAUACCUGAAGGAGUGUGCUAAAUCCAACGACUGGCUGCAGUUCAUCAUCCAAGCCCAGCUGUACAGCUAUAAGCCAGAUGAGGUCACGUCUGUCCUUGAAGGCUUCGCUCCCGUUAUACAGCAUCACCUGAUGUUGGCUCUGGAGAAGUCACCGCUUCUGCACGGCGCUGCGGGGGGUCCUGAGGGCAGCACUGGGAGCAGACAUGCAGACGGUCUCUUCCAAAUCCUUUUCCGGUGUCAGGAGGGCCCCAGUGCUUCGUGUCACCUUUUGGCUGAAGGACUGAGAGACCACGCUCCCAUUCUGAGUGUUUUAGCAGCGUGUUUCCCUGAGGCUGACAUUAUUCACUGUCUCUGUGUCUGGAUAAUUACCAGUGUGGAUAAUGUUACCAGAUCUGAAGCAACAAAACAUAUUCAGAGCUCAGUAGAAAAUCACAAGUGGGAUCUUCAUGACCUGUCACUUAUCUGGAAAGUGUUUUUAAGAAAGCAAAAAUGUCAAACACUUAUAAGGGGAUUCCAGCUCUUUUUAAAGCUUAAGAGCGGCGAUGGACCGGCAGCUUCUCAAGUCCCUGUGCAGUGGCUGGAAUCACAGGCCUUGUUUCUUCUGGAGUUGAUGCUGCAGCAGUGUAGGACAGAAUACGAAUUGGGAAAGCUCUUACAGCUGCUUGCUGCAACAGAUGAUCUCCUGCUUGCUGGCCCUCAUGUGAAGAAACUCUGUGCGCUCAGUGAGAUCCUGAAGGGUUCCUCCGUGUCCAUUAAUCCCUCCAUGCUGACCAGAUUCAGCCCAGAAACGUUUCAGAAUGAGUGCAGAUCAAUUCUGGAGCAGCUCCAAGAGAAAGGAAUGUUCUCUCUGGCUCGGAAGGUGGCAGUGCUGGCUGAACUGCCUGCAGACAGCGUGGUUACCCGAGAGAUUCUAAGAGAUCUACAUCUUUUAAGAGACAUGGGAGAGUGGGAUCAAGAUCAGAUAAGAAUUAAAUUCUGGAAAAAAUGUAACGACAGCUUCAUGAAAAAUUCCAUCUCCAGCCAAGCUGCAUCGGAUUUCUUUUUGAAUCAGGCCAACGUGGUGGUUGAAUCCUCAGUUCAGGAGAAGAUAAAGAGCAUUACAGAGAGACAUUUGCUGCUUACCCUGGCUGGCCAUUGGCUAGCCAAGGACGUCUCGAUGGCGCUGGACAAACUAGAAGAGAUAGAGAAAGAGAUCUGGAUUUGUCGUAUCACACAGCAAACUCUGUCCGCAGAUGAGGGGUCAGGCAGGUCGAGGUGCUCCUCCUGUGCUGCAGUGAAUGGGGAUUUUACUUUUGACAACUUGGCCAAGGAGUUUUCUUUUUCAAAGCUACCUGCUCUGAACACACCAAACUACUUAAAGGUGGAGGGUCUGGAAUUCAGGGAGUGUCAGCAGACCUUGGCUGGUGAUGAGGAGGCGGCGCUCAGGUUUCUGCUCGGAUGCCUUCUCGAUGAAGGGAGCGUGCACGAGGCCAGCCGUGUGUGUCGCUAUUUCCACUUCUACAGCAGAGAUGUUUCACUGGUGUUGCACUGCAGAGCCCUGGCCUCGGGGGAGGCUGACCUGGACAAACUGCACACAGAUAUUCAGGCUCUUGUAGCAGCAGAGAAGACGCAGGAAAGCAGCGCGUCGCAGCAGAGCAGAGUCCCGAGCACAUCCAGCUUAGAGGACUGGACGCACAUUGCAGACCCAUCUCUGGAUGAUCAGAUCGUCCUCAGUCUGAAGGCUCUCACAGAUGAAUGUGUCCAUGGGAGGAACUACUGCAGACAGGUUCUCUGUCUGUACGAACUUUCUAAGGAACUGAACUGCUCCUACAGUGAGAUGUCAGCCCUUGACCCUGAAAAAGUGCUUCGAGCCAUUCUGUCCUCCCAGCAGGCAGAGCGGUGCAGGAGGGCUCAGGCAUUCAUCACCACACAGGGCCUGCAGCCCGAAACUGUGGCAGAGCUGGUGGCCAAAGAAGUCGUGCAGGAGCUGCUGGCCUCUUCAGAAGGAAAAGGACAGAAGCAGGUUUCCAACCCUGCAGCUGAGAGCCAGGCGUUCCUGCAGCUCGCCAAGCUGUGCCAGGACCACACGCUGGUGGGCAUGAAGCUGCUGGAGAAAAUUUCCUCUGUGCCACGUGGGGAACUGUCAUGCAUUACAGAACUGCUGAUUUUGGCCCAUAAUUGCUUUAGUCUGACUUGCCACAUGGAAGGAAUCACCAGGGUCCUGCAGGCAGCACGGCUUCUCACAGAUGAGCAUUUGGCACCUAACGAUGAGUAUGGACUUAUGGUUCGUCUGCUCACUGGGAUUGGCAGAUACAAUGAGAUGACCUACAUAUUUGAGCUGCUGCACGAGAAGCAUUACUUUGAGGUGCUCAUGAGAAAGAAGUUAGACCCGAGUGGGACACUGAAGACAGCGCUGCUGGAUUACAUCAAGCGCUGCCGCCCAGGGGACAGUGAGAAGCACAACAUGAUCGCCCUUUGCUUCAGCAUGUGCCGGGAAAUUGGAGAGAAUCACGAGGCUGCUGCUUGCAUACAGCUGAAACUCAUUGAGUCUCAGCCGUGGGAGGAGUCUCUUCAGGAUGUUGCAAACUUAAAGAAACUGCUGAUGAAAGCUCUGACCCUCUUCAUUGAUGCAGCAGAAAGUUACUCUAAGGACUCCUGUGUCCGCCAGGCCCUGCGCUGCCGCCGCCUCACGAAGCUCAUCACUCUGCAGCUGCAUUUUCUGAGCACCGGUCAGAGCACCAUGCUGAUUAACAGGAGCAGGCAGAACCUGAUGGAAUGCAUUGUGUCCUUGCCUCGAUUCUAUCAAGCGGCUGUUGUGGCCGAGGCAUAUGAGUUUGUUCCAGAUUGGGCUGAAGUUCUGUACCAACAAGUGAUCGCUAAGGGAGACUUCACUUACUUAGAAGAAUUCAAACAACAGAGACUGCUGAAGCCUGCCCUGUUUGAGGAGAUUGCUAAGAAGUGUAAGCAGCACCCACCCACUGACGGUGCUCUGAGAAACCUGAAGAGGCUGCUGGCUUACUGCGAGGACAUCUCCACGUACUACAGGCUGGCCUAUGAUAACAAGUUCUACGACGUGGUCAAUAUGCUCCUGAAGGACGCGCAGACUGGAUGCUGCCUUAACGACAUGUUAUCCAACUAGAAGCACACACCAGCACCACAGCCUGCAUGGUCAGUAGGGUUCUACUACGUAACAGUAACUCCAGAAAAAUGGUGAUGGUUGUAAAUAUUUAAAAGGUUGAUGCUGUCUUAACCUGAAGGUGUUCUGUACAAUAAAUCCUACCCUUUCCAAAUACCUGACUGAUGGCAAAUAUGGGCUGGUACAACUGGCCCUGGACCUCAGGGAUCCGCAGAGCGUUAGGAACUGGGGGGAGAAGGGAUCACCAUAGAACUGCACCUAAACCAACAGAAAAAUGAAGUAAUGCGUCCUGCACACUGACAAUAAAAUAAGCAGAAUUAAUUGGCUCCUACGUGCUACAGA